AUGUUGCUUUCUCGUCACAAAUCUGAUCCAUUUUUGAAUCGAAUUGUCACUUGUGAUGAGAAAUGGAUCCAAUAUGACAAUCGCAAACGUUCAGCACAGUGGUUGGACAAGGAUGAAUCACCAAAACACACUCCAAAGCGCAAUAUUCAUGAAAAGAAGCUGAUGGUGAGUGUUUGGUGGUCUAGCGCAGAAAAACAGCCUAGAUUGGUCAACAGAUCGACUCCUAUCUUAUUGCAUGAUAACGCUAGACCACGCACUGCACAAAUGACUGUGGCAAAACUACAGGAAUUGGAGUUGGAACUUCUUCAUCAUUCUCCAUAUUCACCAGACCUAGCCCCCACUGACUACUACUUCUUCCGCAAUUUGGACAACUUUUUAAUAGGAAAACAAUUUAAUUCCGACAAUGCUGUAAAACUGGCCUUCCAGGAAUUCAUUGACUCUCGUCCGCCAGGGUUUUAUACUACCGGCCUGAACAACCUGCCGCUUAAAUGGCAAAAGUGUAUAGACAAUAUGGGUGCAUACUUUGAUGAAUAA